AUGCCUGAUUUCGACCCCUCUCGACGGCCCUCUCAGGCCGAGAACCAGACGAUUCUUAAGUCCGAGAUACCAUUGAAGGAGCGAUUUUUCCGCUAUUUUCAGCAUGAGAUCACCGCCCUCCAGGAACAGAUGGAUCGGUUGGCAGAUACAUCCCUGAUAGGGGGAGAGCGGACGGAUGCAACCGAUCACUGUCUGGCCGGUAUUGCGCGCUUGUCCAACGAAGUCAAAGAUGCGGCUAGCUACAUUCCCACCUACGAUCAGCGGAUAUACGCAGAAGCUAUCAAAGCGCUGCAGGACAAACUAGUCGAAACCCGGGCUGCUGUGGAACCGCGCCCCAAGUUCAGUUUCAAGACUAAGAAGAAUGCCUCGGCCAUCUCUCUCUCCGAUGCGGCACAAAUGGCUGCGCAGGUACGCAGUAUCCCCGGAUUCGCCUCGCCCGGCUCGUCCUCCGUGGGCUCCUCCGCCGCUCAAACCCCGAUGUAUCCGUCGACUCCGCUCAAUGAGCCCGAUAACCGGCUGCACCUUCUGCAACGGCCGGAGAUUGCCCCCACAUCGAUUCCAGCUAUCCCGGUCGACGAGGGAGCGGAUGAUAAACUCAAGCCGCCGGAACAGCCCCAUGGCUUUGCAGCCACCGCUAUUACCUCCGUGUCCGUGAAUAACCAUCACAACCUCCACAUCAUGCUGCCAUCCUCGGGGUCUACAGCCAACGUACCCGCAUCUAUUACCUCGCUGCGCCACUGCGUGGUCGACAUGUCAAUACCGACUGUCAACGGCAAGCCCUACGCUAGUCUCACCGCGAAGAACGUGAAGGAGAGCCUACUAGUCUGCGGACAGAUCAAUGGCCCCGCUCACAUCACCGACGUGGAGCAUAGUAUUGUCGUGGUGGAUUGUCGCCAGUUCCGUAUGCAUAACUGCUCCAACGUGGACGUCUACCUGAGUGCGUCCAGCAAUCCUAUCAUUGAAGACUGCACCAAUAUUCGAUUUGGUCGCAUACCCCGCAUCUAUACAUUGAACCACGAUCGGCCUGACGACGAAGACCGCUGGAGCGAGGUCGAAGACUUCAAAUGGAUCAAGCCCGAGCCAAGCCCGAAUUGGAGUCUGCUCGAUCCCGAGGAUGCGGUUCCCGAAGAGGUUUGGGCGGAGAUUGUGCCCGGAGGCCCCGGCUGGUCUUUGGAUGAUAUUCUACGUGCCAUAAACAUCUCCAAGGUCUAAGUCGUUGUAUUGUUCAGUGGGCGUGGAUCGUCAAAGAAAUGGGAGCGUGAGGCGUCGGGGAAUUUUACGGAAAGUUCUUUUCGUUCGUAUCUCACAUUUGGCUUUAAUGCAUGAACUGUUUUCCAUGGAAAGGUUGAUACAUACAAGGGAAGAAACUUGGCGCCUUGGACAAGCACUGCGCUUCGAGAAUAACGACGGUGGGUUGUGCCUCAUUUGUCAUUUGGUGUGGUGAUCCGCAUGGUUGCUUGCUCGCUUUGCUGCUUCUGCUGCUGGCUUUUUUU